AUGAAUCUUCGCGGCUGGGGUGCGGUGCAGCUUGCACUGGCGUUCGCCGUCGUGCUGGUCGGAACCAUGGUUGAAACUCUUCCACAGCCGAGCAUAAGCGUGUCGAAGGAGCAGCGCAACAAACAGGAAGCAGUGGAAAGCCCAUCCGAUGACUACGAUGACGAUUACGACGAUGAUGAGGACGUGCCGUCGCAGGAGAAACCGGAGAUCAGCGACAAUGCGCUGCUCGGGACGACGCUGCUCACCAAGGACUACAUCGAGCAGGCACGGGAAAGCGAACAGGUUACGCUGAAGUGCGACGUCAGCAAUCCGACAACUAACAACAUCAUCAUAUGGUACUACAACAACAAGCCCAUCUUUCAGCAGUUGAUCCGUCUGAUACCGGACACGCGGUAUGAGCGUGGCCCCGACUUUUCGCUAGUUAUCGACAACGUGCAGCUCACGGACGAGGGUGUUUACUCCUGCCAGCUACUGCCCAACAAUAUGACGGUUAAAAUUGAACUACAGCUGUUGACGCCGCCACGAGAUGUCCACAUCAUGCACGGUAGCAAAACCAUCAACGAUACGAUUGAGAUGCAUCAGCGCGAUCGCAAGGUAGUACUGCUAUGCUCGGCCGGAGGACAUCCGACUCCCCUCAUCACCUGGGCUUAUCGAGGACGCCAUUUGGAUGAGGAAAACAGCCGCCAGCUCGGUAUCAAGCUGCGCAAGGAGUUUUUGGAAAUCCACGAGGUGAAAUCGCAACACGCCGGAGACUACGAGUGUAUGGCCCAGAAUGGUAUUGGCAACCCGAUCAGCCAGACGGUGACUGUCGUUGUAAAAGGUAGCCCAAUCAUUCACAAGCAUUCCAGCUACAUCAACACGGCGAUCGGCGAGAACGUGGAAAUGGUCUGCCUGUACGACAGCAAUCCGGAGCCACGCAAAAUCCAGUGGAUUCGAAAUGAUGAGAUCGUUCAGUCGGUACCCGCCCAGACCAUCAUCACGAACGAUCAUCACAAUCACCACAACCGUACCCGGCUCACCAUCAAGAACGUGCAGCAGAAGGACCUGCAGGCGUACUACUGCAAAAUUGAGAACGAACUAGGCGAAGCAGUAUCGAAAACGAUUCUCGGACUGACGCCGGGCGGUGCACAUCUGAUACACUCCAACUCUUCGGACGGUUUGCUGCACACGUGGUGGAAGAUUCACAGCAUUCAGCAGAUCUCCGAGAUGCUCGUGCUUUACCGAGGAGAGAAUACCAAAUACAUACCGGUGACGACCGAAAUCUCCAGCCACGACCAAAACCCGGACGGCUACACCUGGACGAUUCGCAAAUCGAUCCGACUUCCGGAGGGCGAAUGGUUCGUGACGGCCCGGGCACGCAACACCGAGGGUUGGUCCAGUGCCGAAAGUCUGCCGCACCAGUUCCAGAUCCGUGACGCGAUGGACAACAUUCAGGUGGCUUCGAUCGGUGGUUCGAGCGGAGCGCACCGGACACUUUCGGUGGGCGGGCUGGCGCUACUACUGCUGCUGGUGCUUCCCUUCGUUAAAACGCUAGCGUAUUAAUGUGCUGCAUGGCGGUGAGAGCGAGCGUGUGUGGGAAAGCGAGCGAUUGGAAAGGACACAAACACACACACACACGCACAUACGCUUUUAAAAGGUAGCAUAAAUAAGUGAAAACCGAACCAAUCCGCACGGCCAACACGGAUCACACGGAGUUAAAGUUUCAGCAGUCAGAGUCAUGAGAGCUUUGGCAACCGAUUUCAGUUCAGUUGCUGGAGGUUUGUUGGAUUUGUGGGGAAAGGGGAGAGGGGAGGGAUACUUCAUCAUGAUUUAUAAAGGUAGUGGCAAACAGGGACUAAUCCUUCAUGGCAGCGCCCCAAAACCAGCGUCGGCAAAGCUGGUGCGUGUGCGGGAAAUUGCCCCGAUUUUGCUACAUAUUCGCAGAUAGCAGGAUGGAGCAAAGUGAGUGAUACGAGUUAGCCGUUAACCGAGACCCAAGAUACGUCCAACUCAAAUUGCACAGCAUAAAGGGAUGGCCCAAAGGUAGAGCGUGUGUUAGUGUGUGUUCGUGUGUGUGUGAACGCAAAACUUCCCUCAUUCGCAAAGACAGUAAAACACAUCAUCAAUUCCCCAAUGUGAUGUGGUCAUCACCCGGUCUGGGUCGCAGUAUACACGCACGCAUGCAGUCACAGAUACGACUCGUGAACAUGAAACAACGUAUGUAGAGAUGCAAAAUCAAAGCGAUAUAGUUAUUACGGUAGGCAAUGUGAGAACGCGCGAGGAUUACAGUAGUUUAACCAAAAGAAGAAUCUUCAUAGCACAGACCCUUAACAAAUCCCCACCACCACCACCACCAACAUUCGCUGAAAUCGUUCACAAAGUAGCAAAGCAAGCAGGUCAUGCCAUUGGUGAUAAGGAUGCGCACGUAUACGUGGCAUAUAGCUGGGCCAUCGAUAGAGAGAGAGGCAGCGAGAGAAAAACGAUAAACAUGACUGCUACUGGCGUCACUGUUCACUCGUGCCCAACAUUAAACAUAAAAAUUAAACGCGUCCAGUUGCGGGUUCCCUUUUCAUGUUCCAAUGAUUUCGUUUGAAAGAGAAACGAAAUGGUUUUUUUUAUUUUAAUUGCAUUCUACCUUACUUUGCCUUUGAAAAGUUUUGUCUUUUAGAAGAAAAUUCCUUAAACCCCGAGACUGUUCCCUAGGUUAUUUUGCAAGUAAAAGUCACAACAAAGGGAGCAGUAUAAACAUGCGAAACAAAACAAAAAGGAGUUUUUAAUUGUUAUAGACAGCAAACAGUAAAUGAAAAAUGAGAAAUCAAUCUAUAACUAGAUCGAAACUUUAAACAAAAUUGUAACCAAAAUUGCCUUUGGAUGAAAACCGCUCGAUGUGUAAUGUAAAACAACAUAAAAGAGGAGAAACCCGAACAAGUAAACGCAAAAGCCACUUCUGAAAACUUAAUAGCACACAUUGCAACUAGCCAAAAUUAAACACAAAACAACGAAAAUGAAUGCAAGUGAAAAUGAGAACCUUAAGAAAACGUAUUAAAUUGAACAGAGAUUGUACAGAGCCAGAACAGAAAAUCAUUACUGCAACAGACCAAACAUACAAAGUCGGGUGUCGUAUUCCUUAAAAUCCAUUACAUAUAUAUUAUGGCUUGAUACCAUUUUUAGGUUUAGCACACUACACAUCCUUCUCUACACACAGACACACACAUACAUAGUUGGCCCCUUCCAUCCUUCCAAAUGUAAAUGUAGACCGUAAAGAAUCCGCAAAUUGGCGAAACGUUAUUUCUCUUUGAAACUCGCCAAAACACCCUCCCCAGUGUGCGUUAGUUGGUAGUGUAAUCGUUUUAAGAUGAACCUUCAUUAAUGUUCCCUUCUUCAUAUCCGUUAUUGUUUUGUCUUUAAGCUACCUUGCUACUUCAUUAUCUAUUUCUAUUUUAUUGUUCUGUUGUUUCCCCUUUUCUCUUUACUCUCUUUCAGCAAUCCUACAAACCUGCUAAACACUUAAGUUAAACUUAGUUAACCUUUAACGUAGUGCUCUAAGCUAUCGUAUAGUAUUUUGAGGACAAAGGAUCAAGUCAAAUUUGCGUAGUAGUGAAGGGAGAAAGAGAGAGAGAGACGGUUGUACUAUAGAGGAAAACUGCACACAAAAGGUGCAACAAAGAGAAACUAGAAAAGAGAAACUAGCGAAGAGAAAGGGGCGAAUGCGGAUCACAGUUUUGGCACACAGAGAAAGAACCAAACCAAACAGAAAAAAGUGCGUGUUAAACCAGACGGGUUGCCGUACUUUCUGCGUUCUAGGCUUAGAAUGAUAAGAAUCCGUUCCGUUGUUUUUUUUAUUCUUAUUUUUACUUUUAAUAAAACAACAAACACAAACAGCUGCUCCGAAGUACGGUGCUAUAUAGAGACAAACAUUUACACAAUUUUUAUCCCACACACACACACACAGACAUCAAGUUCAUGUACCAAAUGCAAUAAACACAAGAUAAAACAAUGGAUAAAAUUUAAAAUGCAUUAUAUGCUUAUAGAAAAUUACUAAAACCGUAUUAUUCGUCAAAAAAGGGUUAAAACAAAACUUGCAAAUAUGAAGAUACAAAAACAUACAUGUAGCAAAUCAUAUACCUUUUGUGUCGUAAGGGGCAAGCAGACGUAGCCCUUAAGAAACCAAACAAAAAAAACAACAACAACAACCAGAGCCUUUAUCCUAACAGCCAGAGCAGAAAUGUUCGUUUUGUUUGUUUGAAAUGUAUUGUUUGUUUUUUUCUUAUCGUUUUUGUCUACGGGCACAACCGAUUCGCCAUCUAAAUGUUAACCAAUGUAAUCAUGUUUUUACUGUGUGCAGCGCGUGUAACAGAACGGUGCAUCGCAAAACAAAUUGUGCUAUAGGUGCGUAUGAAAAGGGUUUAACAAAAAACCCUCCAAUCGGUACAUUAAAAAAAAAAAAAACUAUUUAAAUGCAGAAGUAUUUGCUAGAGACAUAUUGAUCGGUAGGUAAACAGUAAAAGCGAUAAAACAGCAAGAAAGAACCACAGAGCAAGGAAGGAAGGUAUAAAUAAAUAUGAAAAACAUACAAAACAACACAACCUUUUGAUUGGGAGAAAAAAAAAAACAAAUCAAAAUCAACACUUACACACAACUACUAAUCUAAAAUAUGAGCUAUGUUCGGUAUCAUUAAUGAAUGUUGAAUAGAAUUGGUGAACAUUAACUAGAUAUGUGCAAAAUUAACGAAAAUAAAACGCAAAAUAAACGGAGGUGCAACGGUAGCAGUUGAAGCACGAAUUUUACGCAAAAGCAGAAAAAGAAGAGCAUCGUUAGAGCAAGAGCAAUCCAUCUUCAGGCAAAGAGGUGACAAACCAAGAGAAAGGAAUGGAAAAAUAAAUGAAAAUUAUAAAUCCAAAACGUAA